AUGCCGACCGCGGCGGCAGCGGCCGCGGCGGAGCCGCGCGUGGACGCGACGAACGACGCGACCACCGCGGCCGCGAUGGGAAAUGCGUCGACGCCGAACGCCGGUUCGACGGCCGCGACGGCGAACGCGCUCGGCGCCCUCGGCGGGGGUAAAAACCUGAGCGUCCUCCUCGUCGAGGACGAUCACUCGACUUUAGUCUUCGUGAAGGCGAUGCUCAGGAGCUGCGGGCACUCGGUCACGACCGCGACGAACGGCCAAGAAGCGAUCGACGCGCUGUUAGACCCGAGCAGCGCGAUCGACCUGGUCUUGACCGACAUCAUGAUGCCCGAGGUGGACGGCCUCGAGCUCAUGAAGAUCGUCCAGAGCAGCGAUAAGCCGUUCCGGUCGAUCCCGAUCAUCGUGAUGAGCACCGUGGACUCGGACGAGUUCCAGGCGAAGUGCACGGAAGCGGGCGCGCAGGAUUACCUCGUCAAGCCGGUGAAGAAGGCGCAGAUGGCGGACCUCGCGAGGCACACCGUCGGCGGCGGCGCGGGGAUGUCCGUGGAUCGCAUUCACUCGAACAACAGCGGCGCGUCGACGGAAACCGCGCAAGGGCGCCGGGGGCCGUCGCCGGACGGGCAGGACGCGACGACGGCGACGCCGUCCACGCGCGUCGCCGCGGAAGCCGCCGCGGUGGAGAGGGCGGAGAACGACAAGGCGACCGCGGCUGACGAGGUCGGGAGAGGGAAACGGUCCUCGCGUCUCGCGGGGAAGAAGGCGCAAGACGCGCUCGCGGCCAAGGAAGCGGAGGAAGCGGCGAAGGAACUGAAAGCGUCCACGCAAGCUAAAGCGCAGGGCAAGGCGAGAGCGGCGGCGAAGGCGGCGACGAGCGCGAAGGCGGCGAAGCCGCAGAAAGGGGGCGAAGGGAAGCAAGGCCAGAGCGGCGCGGGGCACGGAGCCGGAAGCGGCAGCGGGUGCGACAGCGGCAGCGGCUCGGGCGCGAACGAGAAAGACGACGACGUCGCCCCGGAGCCGGAAGGUCUGUCCGUGCAGCUCGCGAAAGCGUACGGCGGCGCGACGACGAUGCUCGAGAUUGCGCUGCCUAAAGGCACCGCGCCCCCCGAGGAGGCGCCGAAGGUUGGCUUGCGUCGCUCCGCGUCGCGGUCCGCGUUCCAGUCGUUCUUAAACCUCGAAGAGGCUGCGGAAGCGCAGAUCGUGAAGGUCAAGGUGGACCCGGACGUUGGCGGGGACUUACUCGCGAACCUCGCGGGUAUCGCGGCGGCGGAGGGCGAGAAGAAGGAACCGCCGACCGCGGCGGUCGGGUUCGCGCCGCCGGCGUUUCCGGGCGCGCCGAACGCGUUCCCGGGGAUGUUCCCGGGGAUGCCGCCGCAGAUGGCUGCUUUCUUUGGGAUGCCGCCGAACCCCGCGGCGGCGGCGGCCGCGGCCGCCGCGACGGGCAUGCCGAUGCCCCCCGGCGGCUUCCCCGGUCUCGGCGCGUUCCCUGGCGCGACUGGGGUGCCGCAAGCGCCGCCGCGAAACGUCGAGGACGCGUCGACGCCGCCGCAGCCGGCGAUGAACGCGAUGCCGAUGCCCGGAGGUUUCCACCCCGGCGCGUUCCCGCCCUGCCCGCCCGGGGUGGACCCGACGCUCUACGCGCAGCACAUGGCCGCGGCGGCUGCCGCGAUGGUCCCGCCGCCCGGGAUGGGCGCGAUGCCCGGCCCCGGCGGCGGUCGCGACGUCCCCGGCGGGAUGGACUUUAUGAACCGGUUCUACGCCGUCCUUCAAGGCGCGGUGGAGCACCAGCAGAAGACGUUCGCGCGUUUGGGCGCGAGCGCGACGUGCGCGGAGCGCCGUGCGGAGGCGAUCGCGCGCUUCUUGAAGAAGCGCAAGGAGAGGAACUUUGAUAAGAAGGUGCGGUACGCGUCUCGGAAGCGGCUCGCGGAGGCGCGCCCGAGGGUGAAGGGCCAGUUCGUGCGACUCAAGAGCGAGGGCGACGCCGGCGGCGAAGGGGACAAGAACAACAGCAGCGGCGGCGAAGGCAGCGCCGGGGACGACGGGUCCGGAGAGGGGAGCAACGGUGGGGGCAGCAGCGGAGCGAGCAAGGAGAACUCGGCGUCUCCUACCCGAGAGACGGAGCAGAAGCUCGUCCAGGCAUGAACCGUUUCGUUCGCGGCGCCCGCCACCACUUACCCUUAGCGCGCCCGGGUCUGUGGUGAUGAAACUUGAAACUGGCGGCGCGUAAUAUCGCCGUCGUUUCUUUUCGUUUUUCUAAUACAAAAUUUGGUUG